GUGAGGUAAAGUGGGAUGGCCGGCACAACUAAAUCGAUGAACCUCCAAAAACGCGUCGCACACGCGCCUUCACCACUGCCACCAGCACCACCACAUCUGCAAGCAACACAUUCCCAAUGCAUCGCCUCUUCUAGCCUCCUGUGAACCAGCAGCCGGUCUGCUCGCUACCCGACCCCCGUCAUGUCUCGACGCCGCACGCCCCGCGAUUCGAACGCCUCGACCGUAUUCACCGACGUCGAGCCCGAAGACCCGAUCCCCAGCUUCUUCAACCACAGCUUCUCGACCUACCGCGUGUCCCCUCUCUUUGUCGGCGACGAGCCCCUGACAGAAGCACGACUCAGCGUAUUAUCGCGACGCUUGCGGGACGUCCUCGUCGGCGACGUCGUGCGCGGUGUCCACAUUGGACUCGAAUCGAGCGCGACGGCAGCAGGAGCUCAGGUUGGCGUGCUCAAGGCCGUCCGAGUGCGUCUGUUUCGCGCGGAUGAUGUCUUUGGCACGGGCAUCCAGGACAGCGAGGACGUAGGCAGUGCAUGGACUGCGCUGUCGGACGAGCAGAAGCGAGGACUAUGGAUUAGCGUCCAGUACGAGAAUACGAGCUAUCAUGCACUUCUGCUCCCAACUAUCCAACAGCAGGACAAGGCUACACCCCAGGCAUGGCAGAUGCAGCCCGGCAACAACAGGUCAAGAGGCAAGCAGAGCGCGUCCAGAGACGUCAGCUUCCUCCACCUGCCCCUCAUGCUCUUCCGGAUGCCUCUCGCGUUGAGGAACAUUGUCAGCGACUGGCUCUCUACAACCUUUGACUGCCGAGUGUGUAAGCUCGCGCUUGGGACGCGAACACUGGUGACCGUGUGGGAAGAAUGGAUCGACGCGAUUGGGAUUGCCGCACGAGGCUCGGACUUUGUCAUCACGCUUGCCUUCGACGCGCCUUUGGCAGAUCCAUCGAUCGCAACCGACAACGACGACGAGGAAGACGAGGGUCCGCAGUCGUACAAGUCAGGUCUGCGGUCCAUCGACAUUACGAUCCAGCCACAGGAUCUCCGUCGCUUUGUGCGCGCUGGCCGGACCAUUGCAGAGCCCAGAGCGAAGACGGGUGCUUCCUGGGAGACGGAUGACCGUGAACGUCGCAGACUGGCGGGCAACGACUCUGACAAUGGAUGGGCAUGGCUUUCGUCGGGUCAAGCGACUGAGGAGCAGCCGUUCACCAAUGCUCUCGCACGCUAUCUGGAUCACCACCUUGCGCUGAACCUGUUCCAUCCCAGCGUGCGCGUUGUGCAGAUUGCCGCCAACGGCUACGUCCUCGCGUCGAGUCGCUUGAAGAUUGUCAGCAAGGACGCGCCGAACAGCAGCUUGUCCAAGGCGACGUGGAUGUUUAUCACGACUAUUGGACAGCGCAUCAGCGGCGAGGCGUUGCCGGCGAUAUUUACGUGAGCGACGAAUCAACCUCCAAGCAUUAUCAGAAUUGCAUCGCAUCUCCCGCCUUUCCCCCGCAUAUACGCUGCGAUUGAGGCUCGAGCUGUAGCCGCACGCACGCACCCCUGCUCUGGAGCAUCCAACUUCCUACUCCACAACCGCCAACUUUACGGGCCCAUUGCAUCAUAAGGACCCUUGGCUGCCACGCCAAGGGUCCUGUGCAUCUCGAUCGGCAGCAUUCUGGCGCGGCAGAUAUCACACAGGUUUAGCAGCUCAGGGAUGACGCAAGGCUGAUGACCGUUCAGUAUAAGAGGUGGACGAGGAGCGAGACGAUCGCGCUCAUCAACCACUUCAGAACAAGAACAAAUCACCAGCACUUU